AUGCCUGCAGUCACCCCAUCUCAGCAAGCCCUUGAGGGUAAAAUUAUCGUUAUAAACGGUUUUCCGGGCACUGGAAAACUCACAAUCCUCAAGAAGGUCAAGGAGCUACUUCCCACUGAGACGACCUGUCUUCUGGACAACCACCUGCUUAUCGACCCCGUAGUGGCAGUCAUCCCCGGUCGAAGCCAAGAGCAUCAUGAACUGCGCAGUAAGAUUCGAGCUCCCAUCUUUGCGAAACUACGGGAGCGUGCACAAGACGGUCAUACCAUCCUCAUGACGGCUUGCCUGGUUGAAAAUGACGAAAGAGACGCCGGUGUCCUCCAGGAGCACCUCAACAUGGCACACGAAGCCGACGUGCCCAUCUUCUGGAUAAACGUGCACUGUAGUCGCGAGAUACUACAGCAGCGCGUCGCGAGUAUCGAGCGCCACCAGGGGACCAAGACGAAGCUGACAGACCCGACCGUUGUCCGCGACUUGGUGGAUAAGCACCACCUUAUUGAGCCACAUAAGACCGACAACAGCCCGGAAGGAUUAGCAUUUGCAACAUUGGACGCCGGUGGGUCCGUGGAUCUCUCCGUCAGUCGCCUAAUGAGCAUCAUCAAGCUCCCAUAG